GUAAAGGGCCUGGGAACUGCGUGGGUUGCUGCCUAUUCGCUUCCGGUCCGGGAUCUUGUUUUGGCACCGAGGGCCCCGGGCUGGCGGCUCUGUCGCUCUUGCCGUUGGGUGGGCGGCAUCUUGGGGCCCAGAUGAGCCAGUGGCAUCAUGCCCGCGGCGGCUGGGGCCAGGGACGGGCGUUCUCUGGACGUAGCUCAGCCAAGAAGAAGCGCGGAAACCACGUCCCGGAAAGGUGGAAAGACUACCUCCCAGUUGGACAACGGAUGCCUGGGACUCGUUUCAUUGCUUUCAAAGUUCCUUUGAAAAAGAGUUUUGAAAAGAACCUUGCUCCAGAAGAACGUUUUUCACCCUUGGAUCUUUUUAACAAAAUCCAAAAACAGAAUGAAGAGCUUGGACUAAUUAUUGAUUUAACUUAUACUCACCGCUAUUAUAAACCAGAGGACUUACCAGAAACUAUUCCUUACAUAAAAAUUUAUACAAUUGGGCAUCAGGUGCCUGAUGAUGACACUAUUUUUAAAUUCAAAUGUGCUGUUAAUGAGUUUUUAAAAGAAAAUACAGAUAACGACAAACUCAUUGGUGUUCAUUGUACCCAUGGUUUAAACAGGACUGGCUAUCUCAUCUGCAGAUAUUUGAUUGAUGUACAUGGCAUGAGGCCAGAUGAUGCAAUUGAAUUAUUCAAUAGGUGCCGCGGACAUUGCUUGGAAAGACAAAACUACAUUGAAGACCUUCAGAAAGGUCCCAUCAGAAAGAAUUGGGAUUCCAGUGUAUCCAGAUCAAGUGGUUUUGAAGAUGCAACACAUAUGAUGGAACCAGUCCACACCACUAUUAAGUCUGUUAACCAAGGACAUUGGUAUAACCUACAUCAGACCCAAGGUUACCCAGUACCUUCUCGGCAUUUCCACACCCAGACCCAGGAUUUGCAACAGUCAGUAAGAAAAUUUUCACAGAACCAGAACGUUUACCAGAGAGGCCAUGUCCCUCCUCCUGGUCCCCCUGGAGAGGACUACUCACAAAGGCGGUACUCUUGGAAUAGAAAGCCGAACGCCAGUCAAGCAGCCCAGAAUACAGUGUGGUACCCUGGCACUUACUACAGACUGCCGUGUCCGACCUAUUGCGGAUGGACCGAAUGACACAAACCUGUCCUGGAAAUCGCUCUGCAGAUAGAGCAGGACUGAAGACCAGCUGGAGUGACUUUUUAUAAGAUCAGGUCAAAUGAGGUUUAUAAUCUGUUUUAUUGCUCCCUCAUGUGUUCAAACUUAAAGGAAAAUUACAUUGAUACUUACCUCUUGGCUGAUAAACUUGCAGUAUUUGCAACAGUAAAGGAAAUAAUCUGUCACUCAGUCUUAAAUUUUUUAAAAGGAAGAUGGUAUUUUAGAACUGAGAAAGUAAUAAAGAAUUUCCCUUGUAAAUUAUUUU